AUGUCUCAGGAUAAAUUGUUGGUAGAGGCUGCGGAGAUUGGCUCAAUCUACAAGAUACGAAUCGGUCAUGAUGGGAAGGGCAUUGGGGAUGGCUGGUACCUGGAGAAUGUCACAAUUAAACGGAUGGUAAAAAAGGUUCAGGAUAAUGAGUGGAAAAGGAAGAAAAAAAAGAAAUCUGGUGAGGAAGAAGACGAGGAGUCUGUGCCAGAAGAAGAAAUGGAAGUCUAUAACUUUGUGGCCCAGCGCUGGUUGGCUAAAGAUGAAGGGGAUAAGGAGAUAGUUGUGGAGCUGGUACCAGAGGAAGGAUCUGAACUUGAGGAGAAUUCAUAUGAAGUCCAUGUCUUCACUGGGACUGUAUGGGGAGCUGGGACUGAUGCUAAUGUGUACGUGAACAUAUACGGUGAAGAAAAAGGUGAUACCGGGGAGCGUCAUCUGAAAAGAUCCAAUAACAUGAACAAGUUUGAGAAGGGCCAGGAGGAUGUAUUCACUAUCAAGGCCAUCGAUCUGGGACCACUGAAGAAAAUCCGGAUCCGUCACGACGACUCUGGUACAAACCCAAGCUGGUACUUGGAGAGGGUGGAGGUUGUCGAUCUCAAUGCAAGCACCACGUAUUAUUUCCCAUGCCAGCGGUGGUUGGCAGUGGGGGAAGACGAUGGGCAGAUUGUGAGGGAACUGGUUCCAGUGGCUGAAGCGUUUGUAAAGAAAGAUGUGAGCAGCGAAGACCAGUCUCCUACAUCAUUGGGCCUGGAGCAGAAAGCUAAAUCGACGACUUAUAUUGUGAGAGUCAGAACCGGGGACAGGAAGCAUUCUGGGACAGAUGCCAAUGUCUUCAUAAUACUCUAUGGGACAAAAGAUGACACAGGAAUAAUGAGCCUUAAGUCCUCAAAGACUUACAAGAACAAAUUUGAGCGAGGGCAGAUUGAUGAGUUUACACUGGAAGCUGUGGACCUUGGACACUUGAAGAAAAUAAAGAUUGGCCAUGACAAUAAAGGUAACUGCACUGGAUGGUUUCUGGAAUGGGUGGAAAUCGAUGCCCCAUCAUUUGGAAAAUGCCUGAUGUUCCCUAGUGGUCGCUGGCUGGAUAAACUGGAGGAUGAUGGACGCACUGAGAGAAUUAUCUUCCCUGCACCGCUGCAGACGAGGGAAUAUGUGCCAUUCGUCCCUUACGAGAUCACAGUAUACACCAGUGACAUCUUUGGAGCUGGCACUGAUGCCGAUGUCUUCAUUGUUCUGUAUGGAAAUACCGGGAUCUCUACUCGACAGAAGUCCCUGUGCCUCAACAAGAGGGAGCGAAAGAUGUACUUUGAGAGGAACUCAGUGAACCAGUUCAUUGUGGAGCUGGAGGACGUUGGCGACUUUAUUGAGAAGAUACGGAUAGGGCACAAUGGCGCUGGGAUUAAUCCCGGCUGGCAUUUAGAUCGGGUGGAUAUUCGGAGACUUCUGCCGAACGGAAAGGGUUCAGAAACCAUUACGUUUCCAUGCGAAAGGUGGCUUGCAAAAUCUGAAGAUGAUGGUGAGACCAUAAGAGAACUGGUACCAUCCGAUAUCUUCACUGAAAAGCUCACAAAAGAUGGGAAACUCAAGCAGAUAGAACAGGAAGUGGAAGAACCCCUGGAGGUUCAUACAUACGGGAUAAGCGUUUUCACCGGAGAUGUGUACGGUGCUGGGACGGAUGCAAAUGUUUACCUGACUAUAUAUGGAGACCUAGGGGACACUGGAGAGAGGAAACUCAGCAAGUCUGAAACAAACAUGAACAAAUUUGAAAGAGGCCAGGAGGACGUGUUCACACUGCAGGCAGUGGACCUCGGCCUUGUGUACAAGAUCAAGAUCUGUCAUGACAAUGCCAUGCUGAAUCCGGAGUGGUACCUGGACAAAGUGGAGAUUACAGAUGAAGAUACAGAAGAAGUGUUUGUGUUCCUGUGUGAACGCUGGCUCUCUAAAAAGAAGGAGGACAAGAAGAUAGAGCGGAUACUUUACGAACAGAACUAUGAAGGCAAACGGGGCAGCCUGGAUGGUGCCGAUCUCAGCCUGAGCAGCCAAGACAGCAACGCAAACAUGAAGGAGAUGAAGAAACCCAGCUUGGUCGAGAGCAUACAGGAAGGGUUAUUGAUUCCAUAUCAUGUCACACUCACGACUGGCAUAGAGCCCGGCGCGAGCACUGACAGCCGAGUUUACAUCAUCAUUAUGGGGCCGCAGAAAGUGCAAACAGACAGGCUGUGGCUGGAUCUUACGGAAGACAAGGAUGAGUUCGCAGAUGGCUCCGUAGAGAAGUUCUCUGUUUGGGGAGCAGAUGUUGGGGAGCUUAAAAACGUGGAGGUGGGGCACGAUGGUGGCACACCAGAAAGCGCUUGGCUGGUGGAGGAAAUGACACUGGUUGUGCCCACAAAAGGUGUCAUGUAUAACUUUGUCUGCAACUGUUGGUUGGCCAGAGAUAAAGGGGAUGGGCGCACGUCACGGGUCUUCAACAUAGUGGAUGCCGACUGCAUUAACAUUGGUCUCAAGGUUCUCUAUGAAGUUACAGUUGUGACUGGAGACCACCAAGGUGCUGGCACUGACACCAGUAUUUAUAUGACUCUUUUUGGAUCGAAUGGGAGCACUGAGGAGAUGCAGCUGGACAAAAAUGGAGACAGAUUUGAGAGAGCCCAGGAGGACAGUUUUGUCAUGGAGAUCAAUGAUAUUGCACCGCUUCGGAAGAUGAGGAUUCGAACCGAUGGAAAUGGGAGUCGUCCGGACUGGUUCCUAGAGAAGAUCCUCAUGAAGAACCUGACUAAUCAAGAAGUCACCACAUUUACGUACAGUGAAUGGCUGUCAAAGGUCCACCAUCCUAAAGGAGCUCUCAUGUGUGAGAUGCCAGGUGUGAUAGAUGAUGAGCAGAUGAUGGAGGAUACAACCUACACUGUUCAGGUUAAAACCAGUGAUGUUAUAGGAGCUGGUACAGAUGCCAAUGUCUACUUGAUUAUCUUUGGAGAGAGUGGGGACACUGGGACCCUUCCACUGAAGGAAUCUAAUAAGUCUAACAAGUUUGAAAGGAACCAGAUGGAUAUCUUUGAGUUUAAUGACAUGCUGAGCCUGGGAGAGCUCUGUAAGGUGCGAGUCUGGCAUGACAACAAAGGGAUUGCACCUGGGUGGCACUUGGAAUAUAUUGAGGUCAUCGAUUCUGCCAUGGAUGAGACCUUCCGCUUCCAGUGUGAUCGCUGGCUGGCGAAGAGCGAAGAUGAUGGGCAGCUCAUCAGAGAACUGGCUUGUGCCAACAACGACAUCCUGGAGGAGAAGGAACGUACCACGUACGAGAUCGUCACCAUAACAAGCAACAAAGAGAAUUCAGAAACCAAAGACGAUGUCUGGAUCAUCUUAGAAGGAAGGAAGUGCCGCUCAAAAGAAUUUGUCUUGGAAAAUUCUCCGAAGAGAAAGAGAUUUGGAAGAGGAGCAACAGACAUUUUUCAGUUUUCUUCAAAGAAUGUUGGUAGCAUCGCCGCCAUCUGCGUUGGUCACUGUCCAAAAGAUGGAAAAAAGUCUAGUGCAAAAGCUGAUGUGUACUGGCAUGUCGAAGAGAUAAUCGUAACAGAGAUGGAACUUUGCAACAAGUUCUUCUUCAGGUGCAAUGCAAAAAUCCCGCUGCGUCACAAGAAGAGCGACUACAGAGUCUUUGAGUGUGCCAAGACCGUAGAGAGUUUCGCCAGCAAGACCCGGAGUUUGGUGCCAGUCAAAUACGAGGUCAUCGUGACAACUGGGUUUGAAAAAGGAGCCGGCACCGAUGCCAACGUCUUUGUUAUCGUCUUUGGCGUCAAUGGAGAUUCGGGCAAGCGGGCGCUCAAAAACAAGCUCUGGAACCUCUUUGAACGUGGCAGAACCAAUAGGUUUUACCUGGAAACCCUGGACUUGGGAGAGCUGAAAAAAGUCCGGAUUGAGCAUGACAACAGUGGCAUGGCGAGCAGCGGCUGGUUGCUGGAGCGAGUGGAGAUCACCAACUCAGCUACUGGAGUCAGCACAAUAUUUCCUUGUGGGAAGUGGCUGGAUGAAAAUCGAGGAGAUGGUUUAAUCUGGAGGGACCUCUUUCCCAGACAGUAGGCGUACGGCUGGGUAGGCAAGCGGGGCAUGAGCCUUAGGUGCUGCCUUAGGAGAGGGGUGCUGGCAUGGAGCUAGGGGGGAACCUCACCCUCCUAUGCCUCUCCUGCUGUCCCUGCACCCUUCACUGUCCGGCUUCACAGCGAGGGCAUACUGACACCAAAAAAAGGCAGUGACAUCUUUCCCACAGCAGCAAACCUCCAGCUGCCCCUGCUGCACCAACUGCCUCUGCCAUCACCAUCCGGGGCUUAGCACCAGCCAGUUACUCCUCUCUUCCCCGGGAUGAACAGGGCCGAGCCUGCAGCCUUUGAAAGGAGCUGCACAGAAGACUUUUCAUACUUCCCUGCAGAUGCAUUUCCUUAUUCGCUUGUUCCACACAUUUAUAUUAUGUUUUAAUUUGUAAACCACUGUAUUUUAUAUUUAAAGGUUUUCAUUGGGAAUAUAUGUACUGCUUGGUUUCAUGUUUUAUAAAGCUAAUGGCACUUUUUUUAUGCAUAGCUAAAGCCAUGAAUGGCACAUUUUUUUCCUGUUUUGUGAGUAUA